AUAACUCACAACACAAUACUUUAACUCACAACACAACACUUUAACUCAAAACGGAAGUAUAUCUGCAAUGGAAGUUGCUAUGCUUUUAUUCUGAAAAUUCCACGGGGCUAAAACAAUUGUAUUGAUAAACUUUUUUAAUGCUUUAAUUUUCCCUUUUAUUCUGGUGUUUCCUCAUAGAUGGUGGACUACAAAUAUAUUGAUCUUUGUUAAGGUGAAGAAAGAUAUUCAUAGUGUUGGAAUAUUUGUGUGUUUGGGGGCGUGGUAAGACAGUCAUUUUUCUGAUCAUUCCAACACUACAUGAAUGCAGCCGUUCUCUUCCUAUUGUAAAUGGAGACACAGCAGCCAGGCGGCCGUGAUAUUCUUGGGUUUAUCUGUAUAUAGGGGAAAACAACUGGCCAAGUAAUAUAUUGAAAAGUAAAUCAAGUUUGCACAUAUGUAUUGUUACAGUCCACAUUGACAACACUAAGAUCAAAACAAAAAAUUAAAAGUUAAAAAAUAGUCUUUUAUAUAAGAAUUAGGUUACAAUGUUAAGAGUUUUGUGUUUUAAAAAAUUAACAUUAACAUUUCAUUAUCAUAUUUAAAAAAGAAACGUUACAAUGGCUAAUAAAAAUCAAAUAACUUAAAAAAAAUAUUAUCAGUGUGGUAGAUCGGUUUCAUGAACCUUAAUAAAUCUUUACUUAACUACAUUCUUUUUUAAAUAAAUAGAGUCAUAAAGUGUGAAGUGAAGUGAUAUAUUUGAUAUUUGCAUUUGGUAAUUACACCCAAAACACUUUUUAACACGCAUUGCUAAAAAAAUAAAAAAAAUAGAAAGACUCCGCCUACAUUUCCCAGAUAUCCCCGCUGUUUGAAUUAGUGUCCAAGGGGUUCAUGGGAUUUGAAUGAAUGAUUUGAGAAGUUUCUACGAUAUUUUCGCCAGAUAUUGCUCAUUUUGAACUACAUUUCCCAAGUCUCAGAACGUUGACAGCAUGGCUCGUCUUUAGCUAAAGUGAAGAUUGGUUUUCUGCUGUAUUUUGCAGGCAAACGCCGGUGUUUAAAUUUUUUUAGAUCGACGGCUCUUGGCUGCGCAUGAUUACGACUCCUCAUGUCAUCCUUGGUUGAGCUCAGCAUGGCGCAGGAGGAGGACGAACACAGCCUGGAGAGGAAAUUCAGUGCCGCAGUUAAAGUGGUCGAAAGUUUGCCCGUGGAAGGUUCUUUCCAGCCUUCUGAUGACAUGAUGUUAAUGUUCUAUAGUUACUACAAGCAGGCCACUGCGGGACCCUGCGAUUCCCCCAGACCAAUUGGCUUUUGGGACAGCAGCAGCAAAGCUAAAUGGGAUGCAUGGAGCUCUCUGGGAAACAUGACAAAGGAGGAAGCCAUGAAGAAUUACAUUGAGGCCAUCCAGCUGAUUUUGGAGACGAUACCAAUCUCAGAUGAGGUGUCUGAACUGGUUCAGAAGCUCGGUAAUUUCUACUCCGAGGUCGAUGGUGAAGAAGUUGAAGAAAAUGCGGUGGUCAGCAGACCUUUCACAAGGCCCUUUGCAGAUCAUAAAGGCUUUGGGGAUCUGUGGGAUGAUAUACAAAACGUCCAGGAGAAGGACACGGACAGCGUUGUGCCGAGUGUCAACAAUGAGGAGGCAGAGGGAAGUAAAGAAAGUAGUCAUGUGGAGCAGGACAGUGAUUGGAGAAUUGAGGAUGAUGGGGAUGAAGACUUCAGUAUGAGCAAAGAGGAGGAAAUCAUAGUGAGUCCAGAUUGGAGUCCAGACCCUCGGCUUCUAAUGGUAGACAACAAAGGAUGGAGGUCUGGCACCAAAGGCUCCAGCAGUAGCGUGGCGCCCAGCUUGUCCUCAGUCACCAAUGGGACGCACAGCUCUCUCAACAGUGAGGUGGAGGAGGAGGAACUCAUCUGUUUUAUAGAGCCUUGCGCACACUAUGACCCUUACAUGCAGUUUAACGGAUGCUUAACCAGUCACAUCGGUGCUGCGUCCGACAGGAACCAUCGAUCCACAGACUCUGAUAAUGAGGAAUUCUGUGACUCGAUGGAGCAUCUAGCAAUGGAGGAGCGGCUGUCUUCAUCCAGAGGACAGUCUCCUGGGUCGGGCGCCGCCACAGUGAAGCCAAAUGAUCUCUGGUUCGAGAGCAACACGACCCUAAAGGGUGCAGAGGAGGAAGUGCUGAUUCUGUUUAGUCCAAGCAAACACAGCAACUCUUUGUCGAGAAGAGAAAAAGCUUUGCUGUCACCAAUGUCUCUGUGCAAGAGCAGGGAUGCUGCGUGUUGUCGUGAGCUGCAUCCUGUCAGAGCUUCAAGGGAAAACUUCAAUGAGCAAAUAGCAGUGGCUCUGCUGAGGUUGCAGCGUGACAUGGCCAGCGCGCUGCACAGGCUACACACUCUGGAGGAGUUGGCUCGGUCACAGUCAAGGUCACCCUCACCAAGGCUGAAAGACUUUCAACUGGUUACACGAAAUAUCUUGUUUUUGAGGCCAUCCUGGUGGCCGUUUGAUAUCUCUCCUCUCGCAGCCUUUCUGACUGUGUUCUGGCCUUUAGUUUCCCAUUGGCUCAUCAAGCUUUAUUUCCAGCGUAGGAGAAGGAAAAUCUCAUGAAGUGUGUGACAGCGUGAAGAUGCAUUUUCUUUUCUCUGUGGCUUUCCCGAGCCUCGACCACAGAUGGAAUGCAAUCAGGCUGAAACAGGAAAGCCUCAUAGAUAAAGAGAUACCAAGAAGGCAAAAGAAAAGAAAGAGAUGGAAACAUUAUGAAGCAAUUUAACAUAAUGAUGAAGUAUUUUUUCAAAGAAUGCAUAAAUAUUGCAGUUGACAACUCGUAUAUCUUAUAUGUAAGUUUAGAUUACAGCUUUGAGAACAUGAUAUUUAUACAAUUCAAAAAAUCAAUCAAGUAAAGACUCCUCAUUAUAAAUUAUCUUGAGAGGCUAGGAGGUUACUAGAAGUUAUUUAUGUGAAACUAAGUUUUCUGUUUAUUAUUUAAAUCUUUUUUUAACCAUAUUUUCUGAUGACAUUGUCUUACUUAAUUCAGGGUACUUUUUAUUGACCAAAACAAAAAGGAUUUUCUUAUUAUUUAUUAUAAAUUUACUGCCUGUCAUGUUUAAAGGUUAGAUUGUUUAGUACAAGUAAUAAAAGAUUGUACUUUAUCUUAGGUCAUGUCUGCAAAAUUCAGGGCCUCCAAGGAAUGACUUAUCUCAAAUACAGGACAUGUAUCCUGAAAGAUUUUAGAUAGGGCUAAAGAUCUAAUACGAAAGAUAUAAGCUAAAUAAAGUUGUGGCAAAAGAGAUCUUAUUUAAACAACCCAUAUAUAUAGACAAAUAUUAAUGUAGUUAAAGAGGCUGCAAACGCAUAUAGUAAGUAGCAGCUUAUCUUUGUAUGGUUUGGUGCUUGGUGUUUUUUGUUCGGCCCCUUAAAACUUUUUGAAGAAAAUAUACAUCAAACCAUUUCAGUUCCAAAAUGACCUUAAUGUAGCAUCUACUUAGAAGCAAAAACGUGUGAAAGGGAUUUUAUUUUAAUAGCUGGAAAAAAAUUCAUGCGUAAAGUUAUAGGAAAAGGAGAAAGAGAAACACCAUAGUUUAAACUGUGAAAAAUAUUGUACAUUUUUACACAAGCUGACAUGUAUCCAAGCAAUGUAGGCAUUAUGAUAUCAAGCAUAUGUAGUGAUGCAAUAAAAUGUUUAUGAAAAAAA